AGCAAAUAGAGAUUGCACCUCGUAGUAGUGUAGUCCAGGAGGCUUCAAAUCCAUAAUACGCCUAGGUCCGUUCAGUUCCCCGUUAGUAUAGAAAUCAUUUUUUUCCUGCCAUAAAACCGACGACAUAAAAAUAAACUACAAAUCGUUUCGCUAGGGAACCAUGGCGUGCCCGAGAUUGUCGUUCACCAUUCUCGCGAGUGCCCUCCUCAUCCUCCUCCUGUCCCUAAGCACCUUCGCCACCGCUAUAAGCACUUCUAAUAGCCUCCAAACUUCGCGCCGGUUCUUGCGGGAGACUCAGCUCCAGCCUAUCCACGCGCGACUACGUGGUAACCGUCGCCAGCUGCAAGAAUCGUCGUAUGAUUACGGCGACUGGACGAGCGACUGGUCCAGCGACAGUGGAGACUCGUCUGAUUGGUCCAACGACUUGUCUAGCGACUGGGGUGGCGACACUUGGGACAGCGGCGACAGAGGUAGCUGGCAAUGGGACUACGGCAGCUCUGACGGCGGUACGUGGGACGACGGCUCUGACGGCAGCGGCAGCUGGGACUACGGAAGCUCUGACGGCGGCGGUACUACCUGGGACGACGGUAGCUCUGGCGGCGGAACGGACGGGAGCACGGACGGGGGGAGCACGGAUGGGGGGAGCACGGACGGCGGAAGCGCGGAUGGGGGGAGCACGGAUGGGGGGAGCUCGGACGGCGGGAGCUCGGGCGGUGGUGGUAGCGGGGGCACGGUGGACGCGGACGUGAUGCUGGGGGAGCACAACUACGCGCGCGCAUAUCUGAGUCUCCCCGCGCUGACAUGGGACGCGAAUCUCGCUUCUUCCGCGCAGGCAUGGGCCGACAACCUCGCUGGGCGCGGAUGCCCCCUGGAGCACGGCGGCCACGACAACAUGGGGCAGAACUUAUACUGGAAAUCGCCUGCUGCCUUUACCCCGGAUGAGGACCGUGGGGCCGUGGCGAGCUGGAAUGAAGAGAAGCAGUACUGGACUUAUAGCCCGAUUCCAGGGGGGUGUGCGGAGGGGCAGCAGUGCCUGCACUACACGCAGGUGGUGUGGGAGGGCACGCAGAAUGUGGGGUGCGCUGCUUCAAAGUGCAGUGAUGGGGCGGGGAUGUGGGUGUGCCAUUAUUACCCCCAGGGGAACUGGGAGGGGGAGUACCCGUACAAGACGUAAUGGGACAGAACCCGUGCCGUAUGUAACCGUGCAGUACCCAUCUGUACUAAGGGGCGGUGAGGAGCUGGAAUGAUGAGAAACAGUACUGGACGUAUAGCCCGAUUCCAGGGGGGUGUGCGGAGGGGCAGCAGUGCCUGCACUACACGCAGGUGGUGUGGGAGGGCACGCAGAAUGUGGGGUGCGCUGCUUCGAAGUGCAGUGAUGGGGCGGGGAUGUGGGUGUGCCAUUAUUACCCCCAGGGGAACUGGGAGGGGGAGUACCCAUAUAGUAUGUCACAACAAUGAACGGGACAGAGUGUGAGAUGAGAAGCUCAGGGGACUAGGCAGCUAGCUGGGACGGCUGUUGGGACGGCUGCUGGGAUUUUCCCCUGAGCUGUUGGGGGGUCUCGCCUCGACCCAAGUCCUUGGUGGUGGUCCAGCAGAAGAGACUGCAGCUGAUCCAAAGAGGAAGAUGGUGGAAAUGG